CUAUUCAAAUAUGUUCCUUGUUCACAUCUUGGAAGGCUAUGGAGGUUAUCGUAUAGAUGGCUGAGUGUUGAUAAAAACAGCUGUAUAGAUUAUUUUGAUUUCAACUUUGAUUGUUACCUUUUUUACAAGUAUCACUUAAAUUAUCUAAUUUUAUCUAUUUAUGUCAUUCAUCUUUGUUUCUAACGUGCUUUACGGAAUAUUUAUUGCUACAUUGCUACAUGUGAUUACUCCAAAGGAAUUAAAUAUUUCUAGUUGUUGAAGCUCAAUCAAAUGAGCUCGUUUAUAGUUUAUUUAGAUGACAUCUUCACCAAAAUUUCAUCAUUGUGACCAAUUAAUCAAAUUUUAUAACUGUUUCAUUAUUCGUGAUGGUCAACUAGUAAAAGAGGAUUUCUGGAUUAAAAGUGGUAAAAUUAUAAACCCAGAGCCAAUCUUCUAUGAUGAAAAAUCAAAACCUGAUGUUGUGAUAGAUUGUAAACAUAAUAUAAUCGCUCCAGGAUACAUUGAUCUCCAAAUAAAUGGUGGAUAUGGAUUCGAUUUUUCCAACGACAAUGUUGAUAUUGAAAAAGCUAUUGACAGUGUUGCUAGAGGCAUAGUUGCAUCAGGCGUGACUUCAUUUUGUCCAACUUUAAUCACUCAAUCGCCUGAAUCAUAUAAAAAGAUCAUUCCAUUCAUCCAUCGACGACCAGGAAGCCUUGAAAAUGGAGCCUCUAUUCUUGGUUUACACCUUGAAGGGCCUUUCAUCAACCGCAAGAAACGAGGAGCUCAUCCAGAGCAUCUGGUUCGUGAUAAUAUCAUGAAAUCUUUCAAUGAACUAGUUGAUGUUUAUGGUACCUUGGAAGAUGUGGCAAUAAUUACUCUCGCUCCAGAAUUGGAUGGAGGAUCAAUAAUAAAAGAAAUAGUUUCUCACAAUAUAAUCGUUUCCAUGGGACAUUCAGUGGCAACUUUGAAUCAGGGUUAUGUGGCUAUUUCAAACGGAGCCAAUUUCAUCACUCAUCUAUUCAAUGCAAUGUUACCGUUUCAUCACCGUGAUCCUGGCUUAGUUGGAUUACUCGCCCAUUCUUAUCCAAAUUCAUCUAAAGUCCCUGUUUAUUAUGGGAUAAUUGCUGAUGGAAUUCAUACACAUGAUGCUGCUUUGCGAAUUGCAUAUCAAACCAAUCCAGAUGGCCUUGUUUGUGUAACCGAUGCUAUAUCUGCUCUUGGAUUGGAGCCAGGAAAGAAGCACAAAUUAGGGGAACAAUUUAUCGAAAUUUGCGAUUCAAAAGCUUUUAUUGCCGGAACUGAGACACUUUGUGGAUCAAUUGCAACCAUGUCUCAAUGUGUUCGUAAUUUGAAUGCUGUAACAAACUGUGGGAUAGUAAAGGCUGUCGAGUGUGCAUCUCUACAUCCAGCUCAAGUAUUAGGAAUCACUGAAUUCAAAGGCACUCUCAAUUUCGGAUCAGAUGCUGACUUUAUUAUCCUAGACAAUCAAUUAAAUGUUUUGGCUACUUUUAUCGGUGGACAAAAAGUUUGGAUUGCUGAUCAUUUCCCUAUCAAAGCUGCGCAAUUAAGCUAAUGAGCGUUUUCAACGCUUCUCUAGAGAGUCUCUUACAUAGAGUAUUUACUUAUGAAUUUUUUACGGCUAUAACUUAAAAUAAUCUAGAUUUCUACUCAUUAUAUAAACUAGAAGCAAUUUGAAAAGCCAUGUUGAUCCUCGUCGAAGACGAUUUUCCUACAGUUUUAAACAAUACAGUGAUUUUAAAAAGAAAACGAAUGUACCUCAAAAAGUAGGAAAUUUUUCUUAAAAACAAUGAAAUGGGGAUCAACAGAUUAGCUCUUUGCUAAUCCUUGUCUUACCUUGGGUGAAAUGUUUCUUAUUUACUUUGAAAUGUUCGUUAUUGUAUUUUAUUAUAAUUACAUCAAAAUGUAAAUGGAAAGAUUUCGUAUCGAAUUUUCGCCUUAAUUUGUCAAAACUGGAAUGAAAUAAAAUUUUAAAAUCUAA